AUGUCGGCAACUGCGUUUCGUUGGAAUUGGAAGUGCGCUGGUGACGGCGAAAAAUGUGGAGGUCUCCUCCACAUCGGCCCAACAGAGUGUUGCAAUCCACUCUACUACUGUAAACCAGUGAAUCUUUUAUACUCAUACUGUGAGGUCCAGAUUCACAGACCCCCUGGAUGGCCACCAUCUGGUUUUCCCCAAUCUACGAGGUCCCGCACUUCACAAAUAUCCGAUACUUCGUGCACUACUUCCACCUCAACGUGGCCGUCAGACUACGUUUCCAGCAGUGAUGACUACUGGACAAAUUCAUGGAUCACUCAAUCCUCCGGUCAUGAAGUGAGUCCAUCCUCCGUUAGUUGGUCUUCAGACGAGAACAGUGCCAGCUUCCCAACAGACAGCUACAGCUACUUAUCAUCGGCCUCCACUGCUUCCAGCGAGAGCUCGGAAUCGUCAGAGGAGACUUCGAGUUAUAGCACUGAGCCAUCUACCACUGAAGACGAAACCUCCACCGAAACCGACGAUGUUUCCGGCUCUACUUCUUCCAGCGAGAGCUCGGAAUCGUCAGAGGAGACUUCGAGUUAUAGCACUGUGCCAUCUACCACUGAAGACGAAACCUCCACCGAAACCGACGAUGUUUCCGGCUCUACUUCUUCCAGCGAGAGCUCUGCUAGCCAAUCUUCCAGCCAGACUUCGAGCGAAGCAACUGGUAAUAUUUCUAGUCAAAUCUCAGGCCAAGAAACUAGUUCUGGCUGGAGCCAAAGCUCGACAUCCUACGAAGGUUCAAGUGAUACGUCGAGCUCCGAUACCCCUACCUCAAGUUAUGGUUCCAGCUCUGCCAGCAAAAUUUCUAGCGAGGCAACUAGUUAUGUUACUAGCGAUAUUUCCAGCCAGGGAACUAGUCAUUUUGCUAGCUCUGCUUCAAAUCAAGGCUCAGCAUCCAACCAAGCGUCCAGUUUUAGCGCUUCUAAUUCUGCCCCAGGGUAUGGCACGAGCCCUGUUGGUUCUGCAUCCGGUUAUGGUUCCAGUUCCGCUACUGGCCAAUCGACUAAUUAUGGUUCUAGUCAAGCAACUACUUAUGGCUUCGAGUUAUGGAUCCGGUUCUACUAA